CAAACAUAUCACUUCUUGCACUGGGCAAGGGCGAUAGUCAAGAUACACUACUCUAUGGCAAGCAAAACUCCGCUCGAAGAAUUAGUCAACGAAUGGCUGCGGUUGGACCAAAAUCCAAAGACCAGAAGAGAGAUUGAAAUUCUUUGGGAACAUAAAGAGAUUGAUGAGCUGGAGAGUCGCCUGAGAACACGAAUUGAGUUCGGAACUGCAGGUCUCAGAGGCCGAAUGGAGGCGGGAUGGGCGCGGAUGAACGAUCUCAUCAUCAUCCAAGCUUCUCAGGGACUGUGUUCCUACGUCUUGCAAGCGGUAAACAACGCAGCAGAGAGGGGCAUUGUGAUUGGUCAUGAUCAUCGCCAUCACUCUUCUCGAUGGGCGAAGCUGACCGCUGCUGCGUUCGUCGAGCAAGGUGUCAAGGUGUAUUUGCUCAAGGGACUUGUUCAUACUCCUAUGGUACCCUUUGGCGUCAAACAAUUGCGCGCUGCCUGUGGCGUCAUGAUCACGGCCAGUCAUAAUCCGAAGGACGACAACGGAUACAAAGUGUACUGGGAAAACGCCGUGCAGAUCAUAGGCCCUCACGACAAAGGAAUAGCAGCAGCUAUAAGAGACAACCUGCAGCCUCGAUCAUGGGACGCGGGAUCAAUUGAGACUUCAGAACUAUGUCAGGACAAGACGGACGAGCUUGUACAAGCUUAUUGUACUCACGUCGGGUCAUUGUCUGUUUCUCGAUCUGUCAACUCCACUACGGAUGUCAAAUUUGUGAACACAUCCAUGCAUGGUGUUGGGCAUUAUUUCGUUACGAAAGCAUUCAAGGCCGUUGGCUUACGUCCCUUCAUACCCGUCGAAGAGCAACGUGAACCGGACCCCGACUUCCCUACCGUCAAAUUCCCCAACCCAGAAGAAAAAGGAGCACUCGACCUAGCUAUUGCUACGGCGUCUCGGAAUGAUGCUUCGUACGUCCUUGCCCAGGACCCAGAUGCGGACAGGUUUUCUGCCGCAGAACGAGGGCCGAAUGGUUGGAAAAUCUUUACUGGCGACCAACUGGGCACCAUUUUUGCAGGCCAAAUCUUGGAGCAGUACAAAGCAUCAGGGAAACCGUUGGCCAAACUAGCCAUGGUAGCAUCCACUGUGAGUUCGAAGAUGAUUGAGAAAAUGGCUGAACUGGAGGGCUUCCGAUUCGUGGAAUGUUUGACGGGGUUCAAGUUCAUCGGCAACACCGCUCUCGACCUCGUAAAGGAGGGCUACGAGGUUCCGUUUGGUUAUGAAGAAGCUAUCGGGUUUAUGAUUGGCUCCGAAAUUCGGGAUAAAGACGGUGUUGCGGCUUCGGUCUACUUCGCGCAGAUUGUCGUGUCAUUACACAAGCAAGGCAAGACCGCAAUGUCAUAUUUGCGUGAGCUUUAUGACAGAUACGGCCACUUCCAGACCAAGAACAGUUACUUUAUUUGUCGGCAACCCCCUGUCAUCGACCGAAUCUUCGCACGCCUACGGAACUACGACGGAAAGGCUACCGAGGAGAAGCCCAGCUAUCCGGAAACAAUCGCAGGGCUGAAGGUCACCUCUGUCUGCGACCUCACCAUCGGCUACGACACGUCCAACCCGCCGAGCUACAAACCUAGCUUACCACUGUCGUCGGGGCACAUGAUUCAGUUCAAAGCACAGAAUGAAGAUGGUACCAAGAUUGUGCUCACCACUCGGACCAGCGGUACGGAGCCCAAGAUCAAGUACUAUCUUGAAGGUAGCGGCAAAGAUGAGCGCAUUGUCAGCCAAGUUCUAGAAGGAGUUGUCGGCGUACUGGGUGAUGAGUGGUUCGAGGCUAACCAUAACGGUCUGGGAAUACCUUAAAGAAGAACAGCAGAAUGCGCCACAUGUACUCAUAGAUGACAGGCAAAUAGUAGCACUGUACGGAGAACUAAGGUCC